GACCGUGGCAUUAGCAUCGGUGAAGCAGCAGCUAGCAUUGCCUGCCACAUGGAGGAGGGAAAACCAGGCGGCGGCGGCGGUGCCACCGUCGCCGAGGACGCCAUGUCGCGGUUCAGCCUCGACGCGAGCGCGGGGGGCCGCCACAGCACGCUGCUCGACGAGUACGAGCGGCUGGCGUUCGAGGCGCAGCUCAACCGUGCCAUCGUCCUGCGCCGGUGCUACUCCGAGCCCAGCCCCGUCCGGGUCGCGCAUCAGCAGCAGAAGCCAGCUGGCGAUGCGAACGCGCCGACACCGGCCGCGCCUCGUGAGGCGCCGCCUCCUGAUCAGGAGGGGGAGGCGCGGCGGCGCGACGGGGGCGGGGGCAGGUUCUGGCGGCUCCACGAGGUGCUGGCCCGGUGGCUGGAGGCGUUGAGGCCGGUGUUCCGCUGGCUCAGGAGCGCGUGGGAGCGCCGGAGGAGGAAGGACGAGCCGGCAGACGCGCACGCGGCGCGGCGCCCGCCGCCGACGGUGCCGCGGGUGCAGCUGCUCGACUACCUUCGUUAGCUGCAUUGCAUCUUCGUUUGAUAUCUUUUUUGAUGGGUACUGACGUACUAUGCUGGGCCCAAGCUAGUAGAGGAUCUGAUUCGGGAGUCGUGACUGUCCAGCUGGCAUGGCGUGUGAUGAUUGGGCUUAAGCAUCUCUAGGAUAUCAUACGUGACCGUCCGACGAACGAUGCAGAUUGCGUGAAAUAAUACAUUUAUUAGAGUAUACAAGGUGUACAAAUAUAUAGGCGGUCCUUAGAAGAGGUUUAUAGAAUCAUAAUCAGGGACAACCUGCCUAUCCUAAGCUAUAUGUGCACUCUUUGGUUCAGGU